CUGUGGAGCAACCAGCUUUACCUUUAAAACUGUACGUUGUGCACUUGAGAAGCGUGCCGCUUCCUCCUUUAGCUCAGUAUGCUGCUAUAUUACAAAACACAGGUUAUUUCACAAAGAAUGGGACACAAGAAUCAGAGAACAGAAAGCUCCAGCUGUGUGACUACUGCAUCUCAGCAGACUACUGAAGACCAGGACAAUCUUAUCCGCCCGAAGAAACCGCCCAACCCUGUUCUGGAGUCUUCCAGUCGUAGAGUUUUACAUCGUGAACUGCUAGUCAGCCACAGAUGGGGUCUCCUGCCUGAAGAGAAGCCGGAGCUGAAGCGGGUGAUGGAACAGAGGAGACUGGAGCAGCAAAGAGAACGAGAACAAGCCGCACAGCCGCCGUCAGAUCUGGAGCAACAGCUGCACAAGAGACGACAAAAACUCUUGGCGUACGAGCAGGAAGAGCUGAGGCGCAGACAGGACCUACAAAACACGCCAGAGUUUGUUCGAGUGCGGGACAACCUGAGGCACAUCACCGUCACAGGAUACUGAACCAACAGAAUGACAAAAAUCCACUUCUUCAACGAACAGCUUUUUUUUCCAUCAGAGGGAAUCAUUAUUAUCAAUUAUCAUUAUUGACUGGCAUUUUGUGUGUGCCCUCUCACUGACUGAGCGUUUGCACUUACAUCACGAUUUGGUCAGUUACCCGGAUGUGCGGCCAUACUGACGAUACAUAUCAUAUAAACAAUAGCAUGGAUUGUAUGGUUAAUGUAAUACUGAAUCUAAUGUACUACUGUUCUGCUAAUAUAUUCUGUCUAAACCAUGAAAAAAACAUGUGUGAAAGUUGUGAAAACACAUAGAAAAGGAAUUGAGCAGGAAAGGGCGCAUGGUUUUGACAAACUAAAAUUAAAAGGUAGUAAAGAUAUGUACAAGCAAUAUUAAGAUAUUUACAUAAUAUUUCACCUACCGGAGAGGAAAUGAUAAAAACAAACACGAAUGCGGUCAAGAUUCUUACCUUGGAAAUCCUGGUUCGGUUUGUCUAUUUUUUUUUUUCACUCUCCUUCUUGAUUUGUUAUAACUUUUGGCAGUCUGUAGUACUCCAAAUGCUUUUUCCGGUCCGACUGAUUAGUACAGCUCAAAACAUGACAAUAAAUGACCAUUUUCAGUAGCAAUAAUCAGCAAUAUUUGCAUAUGGCCGAUGGAUGACGCGCCGUGAAAAACACUUUAUACAUGAAAUCAUUUGGGUUUUAAAGUGUGCAAAUGGCUUUUUGUAUCAUCAUCCAGGGUAUAAAACUUUUAGGUUGUUUUUUCCCCCCCAAGCUGAGGUUGUCAGUUUUGCAGAGAAUCCUUAACCACUCUCCAACCAUAAGUCUGAUGACGAGGAACUCCUGUCUGCUAUUCAAUAUUGUUUCGCAUGGACGUUUCAGAAUAAUUUUUUGUUGAGAUUAGCAAAACUUUGCAGACAAAUUAGGUCCACUGCACCGUUAUCAAUAGUGUAGUGAUGCAUAAAGCACCACUUUCAAACUAAGUAGCUUCAUAUGUGACCCUGGACCACAAAACCAGUCGUAAGUAGCAUGGGUAUAUUUGUAGUGAUAGCCAACAAUACAUUGUAUGGGGCAAAAUUACUGAUUUUUCUUUUGUGCCAA